UUGAAUGGGGCAGUUUGUGUCAGAUUAAUUUGCUGCAAGCCCAGGCAAUAAAGAUGGGUUCCGUUAACCGAGGGACUGUGACUGUAGGAUGUAUCACGCCAAGAUCAUAAUGCUCUCAGAUAAUCCUCCUGGUCAUUAAGAAAUAAGCUUAUGCCGGAUGAACUCUAGUGCGCGAUACACCACUAGGAUUCAUUCUGUGGAAAAGGUUAUGGGUUAGGAAAUGUUUCAGACAGAAUAAGGUGCUGGAGUGAAGAAGCUACAAAAACACCUUUAGAAAAAGGACCGAGAACUACAUUACAAUUGCAUUCUAUAAUGAGGAUUUGGAAACAAAAUUCAGAGGGUUAAAAAGGACUGUCUCAUGGGCUCCUUUCCUUGUGACUGAUGUCCGACUGUGAUCCCUUCUUAUUUUGCAGGCAUGGGGUUGUGGUCAUUUCUUGAGGGUGUCCUGCUUAUAGCUAAUGCUUUGGCAAUAUUGAAUGAAGACCGUUUUCUUAAUCCCAGAGGAUGGAGCUUCGCUGACGCUAGAGGCAUGCAUGGAGCAAACACCUUCAAAGGACAGAUGAUUGGCCUCAUAUACGCUGCUCAAUACAUGAGAUUUCCAUUGAUCCUUCUUAAUGGAAUCACUAUACUUGUGAAGUUUGUUACAUUCUGACAGUGGGAAGUGGUAUGCUAUAUAGUUCUUCGGUUUGCUUCCUCGAAGAUUGAGAUAUUUGCACUCAACUAGGCUUCAUGUAAAUCUUCUCGUGCUUCACCCCUUCUUCCGAUAGUCUUUGUUGAUGGUUGUAUAGCUGUGCCUUGUGUAUGCACCCUGUUGAGAUGUGCAGUUGUGCUCAGCUACUAAUUUAUUGGUUAUCCGGGACAAACAACAAACUAGACGGCAGGUGCCUAACUCUGAUCUUUCAUUGUUCUUUUGUAUGUGCAUGAUGUAUUUGCAUUUGUCCGCUGUAAUUUUUUCUUGUUAUGCCUGAUAAUUUUUUGCAUGAUGGACUUUUUAUUAUGAAGGAAUGGAACACUCAUGUUCCCAUUUUCAUAGAAGCAUCAGAGAAGUUCUUAUGUGAUAUGA